GGCCUCCGUAGACCGUCUCCUGUCGACAUCAUCUGUCAUUGGCUGAGAGCGAGGUGGGCGGGUCACCGAGCAGCCCGAGGAAGAAGGCUGCGGCGGUGGUGGUGACUGAGCGGAGCCCAGUGACAGGAUGGCUGGGCACAGAUUGGUGUUGGUAUUAGGAGACCUGCACAUCCCACACCGGUGCAACAGUUUGCCAGCUAAAUUCAAAAAACUGCUGGUGCCAGGAAAGAUUCAGCAUAUUCUCUGUACUGGAAACCUUUGCACCAAAGAGAGUUAUGACUAUCUCAAGACUCUGGCCGGUGAUGUUCAUAUUGUGAGAGGAGACUUCGAUGAGAAUCUGAAUUAUCCAGAACAGAAAGUUGUGACUGUUGGGCAGUUCAAAAUUGGUUUGAUCCAUGGGCAUCAAGUUAUUCCAUGGGGAGAUAUGGCCAGCUUAGCCCUGUUGCAGAGGCAGUUUGAUGUAGACAUUCUUAUCUCGGGACACACACACAAAUUUGAAGCAUUUGAGCAUGAAAAUAAAUUCUACAUUAACCCAGGUUCUGCCACCGGAGCAUAUAAUGCCUUGGAAACAAACAUUAUUCCUUCAUUUGUGUUGAUGGACAUCCAGGCUUCUACAGUUGUCACUUACGUGUAUCAACUAAUUGGAGAUGAUGUGAAAGUAGAACGAAUUGAAUACAAAAAAUCUUAAAAGCCAGGCCUGUCUUGCUGGGUUUGUUUUUUUUUUUCAUUCCCCUGUUCAAAUCAAGUAAUAAAACAUUUAUGAGGCACAAAAUUGUAUCACUUUUAUAAUAUUUUGCAGUAAAAUAUAUUGUCUAGUGUUAAUACAAUGUUCUAAGCUUCUUGUAAACUAUAAGAAUAUAUUCCGUUUCCAUAUAUGAUUUCUAUGAAAAAAAGUCCAUCACACAGUAAAUGGUAAUGUGUUAAGAAAACUUUAUCCUUGUAAAUAUCUUCAAAGUUGAUAUCUGGAACUUUAUUACAGAAAUAGUGCAUGAGGAAGAAAAAUCUAGACUUUCUUGUAUACACUUUUCUCCAGUAAUAAACAGUUACCUUUCAUUUAUA